AUGAAGGGAAGUGGAAUAUCUGAUGAAUACAGUUACUUUAAAGGUUCAUCGCCCUUUCAAAGGGGUUACGGUAAUUCUCAAAGAGGAGCAGGGAUUGGUGAUGUAAUGAGAGGACUUUGGCGUUUUUUCCUCCCAAUAAUAAAACAAGCGGGUACUACUGUAGCAGGGGAAGCGUUAAAUACUGGUCAAAGGGUAUUAGAGAGAGUAAAUCAAGGAGAGCCAAUUAAAGCAGCACUUAGAGAAGAAGGAAGAAGAGGUAUAGAUACAGUACUCGAGAAAGGAGGGCUACCAAAACAAUUUGGUACUGGGCGUAAAAAGAGUAUAAAAAGGCAUGCCAUACCUUCAUAUCAAACAAUUAUUGGCAAAAAAGUUAAAAAACGUUUAAGAUCAGACGCAUUUGGACUCUAUUGA